AUGAUAAAACUACUCUUAGGUGGACCAGACUUAGGUGGACCAUACUUAGGUGUACCAGACUUAGGUGAACCAAACUUAGGUGUACCAGACUUAGGUGGACCAAACUUAGGUGGACCAAACUUAGGUGGACCAGACUUAGGUGAACCAAACUUAGGUGUACCAGACUUAGGUGGACCAAACUUAGGUGAACCAGACUUAGGUGAAUCAAACUUAAGUGAACCAGACUUAGGUGAACCAAACUUAGGUGUACCAGGCAUAGGUGGACCAAACUUAGGUCUACCAGACUUAGGUGAACCAAACUUAAGUGAACCAGACUUAGGUGAACCAAACUUAGGUGUACCAGACUUAGGUGGACCAGACUUAGGUGAACUAAACUUAGGUGGACCAGACUUAAGUGAACCAGACUUAGGUGGACCAAACUUAGGUGGACCAAACUUAGGUGUACCAGACUUAGGUGGACCAAACUUAGGUGAACCAGACUUAGGUGAAUCAAACUUAAGUGAACCAGACUUAGGUGAACCAAACUUAGGUGUACCAGGCAUAGGUGGACCAAACUUAGGUCUACCAGACUUAGGUGAACCAAACUUAAGUGAACCAGACUUAGGUGAACCAAACUUAGGUGUACCAGACUUAGGUGGACCAGACUUAGGUGAACUAAACUUAGGUGGACCAGACUUAAGUGAACCAGACUUAGGUGGACCAAACUUAGGUGGACCAGACUUAAGUGAACCAGACUUAGGUGGACCAAACUUAGGUGUACCAGACUUAGGUGAACCAAACUUAGGUGUACCAGACUUAGGUGGACCAAACUUAAGUGAACCAGACUUAGGUGAAUCAAACUUAAGUGAACCAGACUUAGGUGAACCAAACUUAGGUGUACCAGACUUAGGUGGACCAAACUUAGGUGUACCAGACUUAGAUGAACCAAACUUAUGUGAACCAGACUUAGGUGAACCAAACUAA